AGUGGAAGUUAUGUUACGAAUCAAGAUUUGAUAAAAUACAUAAAAUUGUUCGAAGAUGAGCUUACACUGGAUAAUUUGCCAGCUAAUACUCUUCGAGCAUUGUGUCGGUUAUUGAAUAUCCAACCAUUUGGCUCUCUUGAAAUUAUCCGGUUUCAGUUGUCGUUGAAAUUACGUGCUUUGAAGGCUGAUGAUCAGGAAAUAGCUUUGGAAGGAGGAGUAGAUACAUUAACGGUACCAGAACUGCAGCAGGCAUGUAGGGCACGUGGAAUGCGUUCUUUAGGAAUGAGUGAAGAGCGUUUGAAGGAACAGUUGAAACAUUGGUUGGAGCUUUCGCUGAAUGAUAAAGUACCACCAUCGCUGCUUCUUUUAUCACGAACCAUAUAUCUUCCGGAAGAUAUAGCUUUUACUGAUCGUUUGAAAGCGCUAAUAACAACUUUACCUGAAAAUGUUGCGGAGGAAACACGUCAAAAAUUGGCGGAAAUUGAAGGUGAUGAAGUAAGUUAUGAGGCACGACUUAGUCUUAUACAAAAUAUUGAAAAAGCUAUCGAUGCCGAAAAGAAGGAGAUGAAAGAAGCCAAAAAAAAGGAAACGGCUAAGGUUUUAGAUUUAUCUUUGUAUAUAUACUGUUUGUUUGCUUUUUAUUUUUUAGAUAAUCCCUAUAUCUUUAUGCAUAUUUUAAGAAACGAUAAAAACGUGCAGUCAAUAGAAGACGUCAUUCACGGUAAUGCGGUUUCAGAAGCAAAGUAUGAUAUUAAAGAAUUAAAGGAGCAAAUAAGUGAACAUAAUGAAGUGAGUUUGUUUUUUCCUUGUUUUUACUAA